AUGGCAUCACCAAUACCGGGGACUGAACCAUGCAGCGGCUUGGACUUGGGCCACGGCCGGGACCAAGAAGAUAAAAUGGGAGGCGACAUUGCGACGGUUCUCAGCUUAGGCGACCGACAGUCUCUGGCUUUGCUCAUGGUCGACAUUGUGGAUGAGAUGCAGCAAACAAUAUUCACUUAUUUUAACACGGUGGAUUCGAGAAGGCAUCGUAGUGUUCAUAACCCAGCUCCAGACGACAGCGAUUCUAACCCAUCUAGAUCUCAAAAGGCCAAACUGGGUCCUUCAACCCGAAAGCCAUCUACGCUACUAUUAAAAGUUGAGGCGGAGUCACUGAGAUAUUUUAGUAUCUGGAAAGAUUCAGUUAUCUUCCGUAUUGGGGAGAUCAUAAAUACACCAGACGCAGUUGAAUCUCUAGCAAACGAACCACCUGAAGGGAGCCAGGAGGUCGAAGACGCAGAAAGCACCGUCGACCCAGACUUUGCAAGGUUGAGACCAAAUCCUACAAGCUUUGUGAGCCGCUACCCGCCGGUAGAGACACCCCUGAUCCAACUCCCAUAUGACACGAAAUUGGUCCUACUUCAUUCGGUUCUCCUUUUACUUCUUAGCCUUAAGCACUACAGUGCUCAUUCACGAGUCUUGAUGCUCAGAAUGGCAUCCAGUCUUGGACUGACUGUGGAUGACCUGGUUAAUGACGAGAUCAAAGUAGCCGAAGGCCUAUUGCAAACCGCCAAAGCAAUGACGGCAGAACAGGAAGCUAAGACAAAAGUUGAGGAGAAAAAAACAUCCAGGAAGUGGAAGAUUAGGCUAGCAUCUGCUGCGGGGGGUGUUCUCAUCGGGUUGACUGGAGGAUUCGCUGCUCCUGUUGUCGCCGCUGGCAUCAGUGCUGUGAUGGGAGGCCUUGGCCUGGGGGCCACUGCUGCAGCUGGAUACCUUGGUGUAGUUGCCAGCAGUAGCACUAUUAUUGGUGGAAUUUUCGGUGCCUUUGGUGCCAGAAUGACCGGAAAGAUGAUGGAGCGGUAUGCAAAGGAGGUUGAGGACUUUGCAUUCCUCCCCCUCUAUGCGCCCCCGCCUGUAGAGGGGAGUCCUAUAACUACGGUUCCAACGGAUCAACGUCUUAGGGUUACUAUCGCAAUCAGUGGUUGGCUUUCUGAGGAAGAAGACAUCAUUAACCCCUGGCGAGUUCUAGGACGCGAUUCCGAAGUAUUCGCGCUGCGAUGGGAGUUUAAGGCCUUGAUGAGACUUGGCAAUGCAAUGACGACGGUAGUCAGACAUACUGCAUGGGCCGUCGCAACAAGGCAGGCCAUCACGGGGACUGUUUUCGCACCCAUUCUUGGCUCUAUAAUGUGGCCUGUUGCCCUGCUCAAACUUGCUCACGUAAUCGAUAAUCCUUUCAGUAUCGCCAAAGUUCGGGCUGAUAAGGCGGGUCAUGUUCUUGCUGAUGCUUUGAUCAACAAAGCUCAAGGUGAACGUCCUGUAACCCUGAUCGGCUAUUCCUUGGGUGCUCGUGUUAUUUUCUGCUGUCUUAUAAGCCUCGCAAAAAGGCGUGCAUUUGGUUUGGUCGAAUCUGCUAUUCUCAUUGGGUCGCCCACCCCGUCAACUGCAAGCCAUUGGCAACUGAUGCGCAAUGUUGUCAGUGGUCGGCUGGUCAAUGUCUACUCCCUGAACGACGCAGUGCUUGGAUUUCUAUACCGCGCAAAUAGUGCUCAAUAUGGAAUUGCUGGUCUUCAGGCUAUUACUGGUGUCCCCGGUGUGGAGAACUUUGACAUGAGUGAUUCAGUCACUGGUCACCUUCGGUACCAAUACAUGGUUGGGCAUAUUCUCAGGAGGAUCGGAUAUGACCAUCUGGACCAGGAAGAAUUGCAGCGGCAAAUCGAUAUGUUGAAGGCUAGAGAUGAGGGAGAUACGAAGCAGCUCCAGCUUGAAAAGGAGAAGAGACUGGGUCAACCGAGCUCGGAACAGCAGCCACAGCAACCCCUGGCGAAUAAUACGGUUCCUCAACCUUCUCCUGCUGCGGUUGGGAGGGUAGAAAGAGAGGCAGAAGGGCGGGUGAUGGAGGCUAUGUAUCAUAUCCGGUUAGGGAGACUUGAGGUGGGGGGUGAGAUCACAUGA